AAGAGUUCAAUUUCCACCCGCUGACUGCAUAGAAGAACAUUUAUUCCCUUUCUGCUUGACAAGAACUCUCACAGUCACACUCGCCAUCUCUUGAGAGUUCCUCUGCAAAAGCCGACCUUUUUAUCGUCUCUUCCUCUACACCUUCAAAUGUUCAAGAAGUUCACUUCUGAAGAUGUGUCUGCACAAAAUCAAGUCAAGGCUUCUGUGCAAAGGAAAAUUCGCCAAAGCAUAGCUGAAGAGUAUCCUGAACUUGAACCAGUUUUGGAAGAUUUACUUCCAAAGAAGACGCCCCUGAUAGUUGUCAAAUGCCAAAACCAUCUAAAUCUUGUCGUUGUCAACAAUGUCCCAUUAUUCUUUAAUAUCCGUGAUGGACCUUAUAUGCCAACUCUACGACUUCUCCAUCAGUACCCUAAUAUAAUGAAGAAAUUUCAAGUAGAUAGGGGUGCAAUUAAGUUUGUUUUCUCUGGUGCUAAUAUCAUGUGUCCUGGGCUUACGUCACCUGGUGGUAUCCUGGAUGAAGAAGUUGAGGGUGAGAGGCCUGUGGCCAUAAUGGCUGAAGGAAAGCAACAUGCUCUCGCUAUUGGCUUCACAAAAAUGUCUGCAAAAGAUAUAAGGGCUAUCAACAAGGGUAUUGCUGUAGACACUUUGCAUUAUCUCAAUGAUGGCCUUUGGAAGAUGGAGCGUUUAGACUGAAGUUGUGCAGAGUCCUAAGUUAUCCUAAAUUAACAUUGUGCUGUCCCUUACGCUUUUAUUCUGUCUGUUUCUUGCGAGUCGACCAAAAGUUUUCAAUGAAGUUGUUGCGGAGUUUGCAAAUCUUUGCUCAAUUGAUAGAUGUACUAAAUGAUUUGGACUAGUACAUUGAUUUAAUUUUUUUCUCAAUAUAAAUUUUACAGUAUUUGAAAGUUUUAGAAACUGA